AUGAAAUAAGUAGGUGCGUACAUUGACCUGAAGCAGCCUUGCAUGAGGAAGAAACGAAGGAGAUGAUAAUGGCUAUGAUUGAGACUUUAUCAUUUUACCUAGUUUCUUCCAAAUAUAUUUAUAGGUUAGUGUAGGGACCGAUGCAACAUCGUACAGGGACAGUUUGAUUUUGUGUUGUUGGCCUUUGGUUUGUUCAUUUAGGAUAUAAAAAUACUGAUAUUGUAAAACAAGAGCACGUGCAUCGGAAGUUUCAUUCAGGCUUUCUUCAGUUAAAUCUGUUGAUAGUUUGAUACGUCAGAUCCGCCAUGGACGCAGCUUCGGAGGCCGUUGUCUGAUUUCCGCUUUCUUUGGUUUUCACUUGUAAUGCGACUGAGUCCGACUCCAAGGCAUAACCCUGUUCUUCCAACCAAAUCUCCGAUUCUCAGUCUCUCGUUCUCCAACCAUGAAAACAAGACAGAUCUUUGGUGUGUCUCUCUCCCUCGUUCUUAUCAACCUUGCUGCUGUAAUGGAGCGGGCGGAUGAAAACCUUCUUCCAUCUGUCUAUAAAGAAGUUAGUGAAGCAUUUAAUGCCGGGCCAUCUGACUUGGGAUACCUGACAUUCAUAAGAAACUUUGUUCAGGGACUGUCUUCUCCUCUGGCUGGUAUACUCGUUAUCCACUACGAUCGCCCAACUGUUCUUGCUAUGGGCACUUUCUGCUGGGCGUUAUCUACAGCUGCUGUGGGUGUUUGCCACAGUUUUCUGCAGGUUUCAUUCUGGAGAGCAAUAAAUGGCUUUGGUUUGGCAAUUGUGAUUCCAGCACUCCAGUCUUUCAUUGCUGAUAGCUACAGGGAUGGAGUGAGAGGAACUGGGUUUGGAUUGCUGAGUCUCAUUGGUAACUUAGGAGGCAUAGGAGGUGGUGUUCUGGCUACUGUCAUGGCUGGAAAACAGUUUUGGGGCAUAGAAGGAUGGCGAUGUGCAUUCGUUUUGAUGGCAACUUUGAGUGCAUUAAUUGGAUUUCUUGUUUUACUGUACGUUGUUGACCCAGGAAAAAGAUUUCCUACCACUCGAGAUGCUGGUGAGAGUUCAGACAGAGAUGACUCUAUCUAUAAAGGCAAUGCUAGUGCAGCAUCAAUCUGGAAGGACUCUUGGGCAGCCACGAAAGCUGUGAUAAAGGUGAAAACAUUUCAAAUAAUCGUCUUACAGGGCAUUAUUGGGUCACUGCCGUGGACUGCCAUGGUGUUCUUCACAAUGUGGUUCGAACUAAUUGGUUUUGAUAACAAUACUUCGGCAACCCUUCUUGGUCUUUUUGCAAUUGGAUGUGCCAUGGGAUCUUUGAUAGGUGGAUCAAUAGCUGAUCGAUUAUCGCAAGUCUACCCUCAUUCUGCUCGGACCAUGUGCGCACAGUUCAGUGCCUUUAUGGGCAUUCCAUUCUCAUGGAUUCUUCUCAGGGUGAUCCCUCAGUCAGUAAGUAGUUUUCUUACCUUUUCUGUGACCCUCUUUAUGAUGGGUCUAACAAUCAGCUGGAACGGUACGGCUGCAAAUGCUCCUAUGUUUGCUGAGGUAGUUCCUGUCAAGCACCGUACCAUGAUUUAUGCAUUUGAUCGAGCUUUUGAAGUCUCGUUUUCUUCUAUAGCGGCUCCACUGGUGGGGAUUCUUUCUGAGAAAAUGUUUGGCUAUAACUCAAAGUCCGUUGAUCCCAUCAAAGGAUCUUUACCAGAGGCGCUUGCCUUGUCAAAGGGCAUUCUUUCUAUGAUGGCUGUUCCAUUUGGUUUGUGUUGUUUAUGCUACACCCCUCUAUACUACAUAUUUAAGCAGGACCGUGAAAAUGCUGGAAUGCUUUCUGUGAAAGAGGAGGAGAUGAUGUGAGACUCACUUGUUUAAGACUGAUAGAUCAUGUCAAAGGAGCCCUCUAAUUCUCUGCUCGUGAACUGGGUCCCUAUUUAAUUGGAAUUUAAAUCUCCUAAAAAACGUGGAAUCAUCUUCCGCAGUACACACGAAACCAGUGAGACCUACUCCGAACAAUGACCUCAUUUUGAUUUUAGGAAUCCAGAUUAAUCAUGAUCUCAUGGUGCCGUCGUGGCGAGGCUUCUUACUGAGGAUUGAACUAGUUUCUGACUUAGCCAUUGCUUAUUCUUGACAUGGUAUAUCUAGCUGAAUGAUCAGAAAUUUCAGGAAUUUAGGAUAAUGAAACAGGCCUACACAUUUAUGUGUUCAGAUUGUUUUCCCACGAUUGUACCCUAUAAAAUAUACACAACUAAAUUUGUAUGUUUGGUUCAACUACACGAAAGAAUCUCAAUGACAAUGAAGCACUUUUUGAAUGAA